AUGUGUUCGGUCGGACAAUUUCACAAAGCUCGAACUAAAAACGAGGCAAUGCGUCAAAAUGGCCAGCGAAAUAGUGAUAACAGAAAACGCUUAAUAUUCACUAACAAACAAGCAUGUUUCAAUUUGUACUUUUUUUUGUUGAUAUUUUUUUUAUCUCUAAAAACAACAAACCCAAAUGCAACAAAUAUGAAUAGCGACAAAAGGAAUGUCAAGGGAAAGUUAAAUAUUAAAAGUGUGCAACACGAUUCACCUCAUGAGAAUUACGACGCCGAUUCAAACCAAAAACAUAUAAAAGUCAAUUCGGAUAAAAAUCCCUUCAGUAAUAUCGAAGACUUCACUCAUCAUAGUGAUUUUUAUAAUCACGAAAGAAAUACUUUUAGUGACUUUGCUGAUUAUAAAAGAUAUUAUUUAAAUCCAGAACAUCAGAUACCAAAAAGUAGCGUUAAGUUUAAAAUAAGCAGUAGAAUAGUGCAGACUAAGUAUGGGAAAUUACAGGGGAUUAUUUUGGCGAUGGACGAACAUAGAUAUCUAAGUCCGCUCGAGGUUUUUUUAGGUGUGCCUUAUGCUACGCCUCCCGUUGGAUCUAACAGAUUCAGUCCAACUCGGACGCCGUCACCUUGGGAUGGUGUGCGCGUCUCUGAUCGACCUGGGCCUUCUUGUCCUCAGAAAUUACCCGAUCUCAACGACGAGCGGCUUCUCUUAGAAAAAAUGCCUAAAGGCAGACUAGAUUAUUUAAAAAGACUGAUGCCUUAUCUUAAGAAUCAAAGCGAAGAUUGUCUCUAUUUAAACAUUUUUGCACCAUUACAGAUGGAUGAAACAAAAUUAGCACUGCCGGUUUUAGUUUUUGUACAUGGUGAUAGUUAUUCACUAAGCUCUGGCAAUCCAUACGAUGGAGCUGUGCUUGCUAGCUACACUGAUCUCAUUGUGGUCACUCUCAACUUUAGACUUGGAGUUUUAGGUUUUCUUAACGCAAAUCCUGCUCCACACUUAAAGGCUAGGGUUGCAAAUUAUGGAUUAAUGGAUCAAAUAGCCGCAUUACAUUGGGUACAACAAAAUAUUGCUUUAUUUGGAGGAGAUCCAACCAACAUCACACUGAUGGGUCACGGUUCGGGCGCAGCUUGUAUAAAUUUCUUAAUGAUAUCACCAACCGUAAUGCCAGGUCUUUUUCAUAGAGCCAUACUGUUAUCAGGAUCAGCUUUAAGUUCUUGGGCAAUAGUAGAUGAUCCCGUUUAUUAUUCUUUGAAACUUGCAAAACACAUGAAUUGUUCUAUCCCAGACGACCUUGCAAGAGACCAUGAAAUCAUUGUAGAUUGCUUACGAGAUGCAACUAUAGAGGAGCUAUUAUCAUUUGACUUGUCCCCUCCUAAUUUUAUGACCGCCUUUGGACCUUCCGUAGACGGCGUUGUAAUAAAAACUGAUUUCGCUAAAGACUUUUUGACAAUGCACUCAAUGUCUGAUUUUCCUAGUUUUGGUCCCUUAAAUAAUAUGAAUCAAAAUAACUUGCACAUAAAAAGAAGCGACAGUGGCAGACGUCUCUUUCAAAAUAAAUACGAUUUGCUUUUCGGCGUCGUUACAUGUGAAGCGCUUUGGAAAUUCUCAGCUCACGAUGUUCAAAAUGGGAUUGAACCAGAAAAACGAGAUCGUAUGUUAAGGACUUACGUAAGGAAUUCCUAUACGUAUCAUCUGAGUGAAAUAUUCUAUACGAUUGUCAAUGAAUAUACGGACUGGGAAAGAACGGUAGAGAAUCCUAUAAACACAAGAGACGCAACUGUGUCCGCAUUAUCCGACGCCCAAUAUGUAGCUCCCUUAAUACAAAGUGGAGAUUUGCUAAGUGGUGGUCCAAAAAUAACACCAUCUGAUGAAGAUGGGCCUGGGAGACCGACAAAAACUUUCUUUUAUGUAUUCGACUAUCAAACUAAAAAUGGGUAUUAUCCACAGAGGAUGGGAGCAAUUCACGGGGAAGAAUUGCCGUAUAUUUUUGGGGCACCGCUUGUUGAUGGUUUUGGACAUUUUCCUGAAAACUACACAAAAUUUGAAACUGCGUUAUCGGAAUCAAUAAUGCUUUUUAUUUCAAAUUUCGCAAAGUCCGGUAAUCCCAAUGACAACGCCCGACAAGAAGCUUUCCUCCCGGCUUCGAGGGAAAGAAACAAGUUCCGUGGCAUAAAUUGGGAGGAGUACGAUUCGACACACCAAAAGUACCUCGAAAUAGGUUUGAAAUCAAGAUUAAAAAAUCACUUUCGAGCACAUCAGCUUUCAGUUUGGCUCAGACUAAUCCCAGAGUUACAUAGAGCUGGUAUGGAGGAUGUUGCUUCUCGUCACAAUUUGUUUAAAAAUCAUAAUGAGCCGGAUCUUUAUGAAGGUGUAAUAAGACCAGAUCCAUUAGCACGAAGUAUUGAUAAUGAUCAGAUACGGCGAAAUGGUUCUGUAUAUUCGGACACAGCUUUAACUACAGUUGACACUAUAUUAGCAACCUGCGUCACUAUUAUGCCAAGUGGAAGAGAUCUUCAACCUUUUAAUACUACCGAUAAUACUUUAGCAAAUUUAGAAGCGGCAGGUUAUGCUGCCUAUUCAACCGCUCUAAGCGUAACAAUAGCCAUCGGCUGUUCACUUCUUAUUUUAAACGUUUUAAUAUUUGCUGGAGUGUAUUACCAAAGGGAUAAGUCUCGGUCUCGCGGGAAACAGACGCGAUUCAAUGAAAAACACUUUGAAACAAUUUCGGGAAAACACUCCCAUUAUCAUAUUGACCCUAACCUCGCCCCGAGCUUAGUUGUGGACAUCGAGCGGCAAAAUAGAAAGAAAAUGAUAGGUGACCCAAAUUUAACGAAUCUCAACUUUAAGGGACCGCUUGAUGGUCCAAAAUCGCCUAGUCCAACAUUAAGCAUUGAUAACAUGAUGUUGCCAAGUAAAUUGGGCAGCCGAAACAGUAGUUUUAGGCUGCCAAAUGUUAGCUAUCCUCAAGUUGGUGGAUACGCAACACUGCCAAAAAAUUUAAACCAACUUAACAGUUCACCACCAAUACAAGAUAUGAGACAAAAAUAUCCUCUUAAUGGCUCCGCCGAUUCCCCAGGCAGAGAAGAUACUCGAAUACCACAUGCAACUUUAAGAAGGGGAAAAUCAUUACAUCCUUCAAAUCUCCCACAGGCGGCGAUCGAUGAAAUGAGAGUUUGA